AUGGCUUUGAUGGCCCAGCUCAAAGUCAGUUGGACUGCACUCCUGGCCCUGGUCUACUUCACGUACUUGCUCGUGGGGGCGGCCAUUUUCCAAAUCCUGGAGAGAGAAGCCGAGAGCAACAACCGUAAUCACUUUCAGCUGGAGAAACUGCACUUUUUAGCAAAUUUCACCUGUCUCGAUGGACCGGCGUUGGAAAAGUUUGUCCAGGUGAUCUUGGACGCCUGGGAGAAGGGAGUGAAUCCAUCCGGGAACUCCACCAAUCCGAGUAACUGGGAUUACAGCAGCUCCUUCUUCUUUGCGGGGACAGUGGUCACUACUAUCGGUUUUGGGAACUUGUCCCCGAGUACGGUUUGUGGUCAGGUCUUCUGUGUGUUCUAUGCCCUUUUUGGGAUCCCCCUGAACCUGGCCUUCCUCAAACAACUGGGCAAGUGCCUCAUCGUCCAUUUGGGUCGGAUGGAGAAGGGCAUGGUGUCGGUCGUGCCUCAUAAGCGGACGGUGGAGGUUCUGACUGUGGUCUUGUUCCUGCUCUCGGGCACUCUGCUGUUUUUGAUCAUUCCUCCGCUGUUGUUCAGUUAUGUGGAGGGCUGGACGUUUGGAGAGGGGUUCUACUUUGCCUUCAUCACCCUCAGCACCAUCGGGUUCGGGGAUUAUGUUGUGGGCACAGACCCGGAUAUCGAGUACAUCUCUCUGUACCGGAGCCUGGCUGGAGUGUGGAUCAUUCUGGCCCUGGCGUGGCUGGCGCUAGUUUUCAACCUGGGAGCCAAAAUAAUGGAAUAUUUUGUAGUUUUCACACAUCCGGGUUUCAAAAGACAACAGGAAGAAGAAGAAGUGUCAUCGACUAAACUAGAAGAUAUUUCCAAGAUCUAA